AUGGCCGUCAACAUUCCGGGGGUCGUGUCCCUCGUCGUCUUCUACCUCGUCAUCCUAGCGGUGGGCAUUUGGGCAGGCCGUAAGAGCAAGAAGACGGGCAGCGGAGGAGCCGCCGACGAGGCUAUGCUCGCUGGCAGGAGCAUCGGCACUUUCGUCGGCAUCUUCACCAUGAUCGCCACCUGGGUCGGCGGCGGCUACAUCAACGGCACUGCCGAGGUCCUCUACACCAGCGGCGUUAUCUGGUGCCAGGCGCCAUUCGGGUACGCGCUCAGCCUCGUCAUCGGCGGCUACUUCUUCGCCAAGAAGAUGCGCGCAGAGGGCUACGUGACCAUGCUGGAUCCGUUUCAAGAACUGCUCGGGCGUCGCAUGGGGGGCCUGCUCUUCAUCCCGGCACUGUGUGGGGAGGUCUUCUGGUCAGCCGCCAUCUUGGCCGCCCUCGGCGCCACCGUGGGGGUGAUAAUCGACAUCGACAGGAACACGUCGAUCAUCACGUCAGCCUGCAUCGCUGUCUUCUACACCUUCUUCGGAGGCCUGUACUCGGUCGCCUACACUGACGUCAUCCAGCUCUUCUGCAUCUUCGUUGGACUGUGGCUCUGCGUUCCGUUCAGCAUGAUGAACAAGUCCGUGGGCCCUUUAUCCUAUCCGACGAACGAUUGGGUCGGAUCUCUCGAGCCCAGGUUCAUCGGCCAAUACGUCGACUCCGGACUGCUCCUAAUCUUCGGUGGAAUCCCCUGGCAGGUCUACUUCCAGCGGGUGCUGUCCAGCAAAUCCGCCUUCAAGGCGCAACUUCUUUCCUACGUGGCCGCCUUUGGCUGCAUCGUCAUGGCCGUUCCCGCCAUGAUUGUGGGAGUGGUCGCCAAGGCUACCAGGUGGAACGAAACCGAGUUCACGGGUCCUGUGCCUCUGGAUAAGGAGCACACGCCUCUGGUGCUGCCCAUGGUGUUGCAGUUCCUCACUCCUGGCGUCGUUUCCUUCGUGGGACUGGGCGCCGUGUCUGCCGCCGUCAUGUCAUCGUCGGACUCGUCCAUUCUCAGCGCGGCCUCCAUGUUCGCCAGGAACGUGUACAAACUCAUCUUCAGACAAAAGGCAUCAGAGCGAGAGGUGAUCUGGGCAAUGCGCGUGGCCAUCCUCUGCGUGGGCGCAAUGGCGACCGCGAUGGCCCUGACCGUCAAGUCCGUCUACGGCCUCUGGUACCUGUCCUCCGACUUGGUGUACGUCAUCCUGUUCCCGCAACUUGUGUCUGUCGUGUACAUGAAGCGGCACUGCAACACGUACGGUUCCCUGGGCGCCUACGUCAUCGGCCUGCUCCUGCGGGGCCUCGGCGGCGAAGACAUCGUGGGCCUGCCGCCCGUCAUCAAGUACCCGUUCUACAACGAAGUGGACGGGCAGCUCUUCCCGUUCCGUACCAUGGCCAUGCUCGUGAGCCUGUUUAGCAUCGUGUCUAUUUCUACCUUAAUACGAUGGGCCUUCGUGUCCGGCCGGAUCUCGGCCCGUUUUGACAUGUUCCACUGCUUCGUCGGCAUACCGAAUGACGCCAGCAAGGUCCAGGAGCCCCUAGAGGACAAUACGGUCGUGCUAGACGCCCAUAGGUGCGUUACCGAUAUGAGCGGCAGGGACAACCCCGCCCUUGUCUUGCAACCCGAACAGGACGACGUCAAGGAUCAAAAACGCCAGGAGCACCACAUGGCCGUGCUAAGCGCCCAUGAACUCGUCACCGAUGAGAAUGGCAGAGUGAAUCCUGUCCCAAAUUGGCAGUCCGCAGAAGACGCCCGAAGGUUCUCCGGGAGGGCUAAACAACUUUACCUGAGCGAAAACUGCAAGAUACCCAUCACUACAAAGUGA